UUCUCAAUUGUGCAUUUCACCUGAAUUGAGUUUACUAAAUCAGAUUCAGAAGUGAGUAAGUGAGAGAUAAAAACCUAUAAAAAGGUAAAGAAUCCUGUAACUUGGAAUGAAAUGGAACUUUGAAGGCAGUUAAUAAGAGUUAAGAGUAGAGUGUUGAUCAGAGUAAAUUAACAGAUUGUUCAUUUUUUCGUCACCUUGAAAUUUCCAACAUUCAUCUUGUCCAAAAUGAUUACAAUUUGAGUGAAAUAUUUGAAAUUUGCUUCUCUUCUUUCAACAAGUUUUUUCGCCUUUUUUUACACCUUCUUUCAACGGAUUUAUUCAGCGACAAGGAUUUAUCAAUCUUUUGUAUUUGACUGAACAAUGGCUGAAUAUAGACAGUUAUACAGAAUGAAAUCAGUCAAAUGUUGAUGAUUAAAGUGAAAAUCAAAAGUUUACUUUGAUUAAUCAAUUGUGAAACUGUCAACAUUGACAUUGUUGAAACAAGUUGAAAGUGAGAAUAACAAAUUAAGCAAAAAAAUGUCUUUUCUCAAUUCAAUCAAUUUAAACUUUUCCAGUGUCCAUAAAGUGUUGAUCAUCAUGUUGGUGCAACUAUUUUUAUUAUCAUCUUUACUAUUAUUCAUGUGCGACUCUCAUGCACCACUUCACCGCAUCUACUAUGGACCUCAUCGGUAUCAUCCUUCCCUGUCCACUUUACCCUCAUCACCUUCCAACAUGGACAUUUCCCUGUUUGGUAAUCGCUACAGAAACUCUGAGGUAAACUCGGAGAAGCAUCGUAAUGGGUUAAACUCAAUGCCAACCUGUAGUCAAUUAAAGUACCUUUGGAGUGAAGCUAAUCGUUUGGCUGUUAACAUUUACGGUCCUGAAAUGGCCUUUACUCACCCUAAAUUACAUGCAAAUCCUUUUUAUCUUUCAAGUUUACUUCUGAGGAAGCAACACUUGUUUGGUUCAAGUGUGGCCAGUGGAAGCGGUGAAAGUGACACUGGCAGUGACAGUGGCAGUGAUAGUACCAGUGAUAAGGGAUUGUUUGUUCAACCUGAAACAGUCGCUCGUUUACCGUCAACAAUAGUUAAUCCAAGCUUGGCAGAUGACUCUGUUAAUAAGGUUAAUAAUGAUGUUUACUCUGACUUCAAUGGAUUUGGUGAGAUUCAGGAUCGACUAGCAACUCUUGGUGAGCUUCCUUUAACCAGAUUAGAUCAACAACCCUCUGUUCCUGGUUCAUUUUCAGAUUAUUCAAUUCCCAAGACUGAUCUUGGACCCAUUUAUGGUACAUUAGUUUACGAUCCAGAUCAAUCAAACCAUCAUGAUCCAUCAUCACCUUCAUCACCAUUAACCUCUUUUUCAUCUCAUUUACAAUCUUCAUCUCAACCUUCAUCUACUUCAUCAACCUCUUCCUCAUCAGUGUCACCUUCAUCAUCUUUACAGACUCCAUCGUCCCCAUCGACCUCUUCAACCUCACCUUUUAGCUCUUCGCUGCGUAAAGAUGCUAAACAUUCAUCGCCUAAACUGGGAUUUGGUGCAAUAAUAUCAAACAACAAAGAUUCAUUUGGCUCAGGUCAUGAGGAAGCUUCCCAUCGAACCUCUGAAUCUUCCAAAAAAGUGGACAAUCUUUUUGCUGGUCAUUGGCACGAUCGUCCAAUUGACUUUUCCUUUGAAUAAAAACAUUAGUUUAGCUUCUAAUUGAGAGACAAAUCAGAACAAAGAACAAGAACAAACGUAAAAAAGUCAAAAGUCAUUCAUCAUGAUUUAUAAAUGAGGAAUUUUUUUCUCUUUUUUUUCUUUUCUUCUUUUCCUCUUCAAAAGACAGAGAAUCGCUUCAAAGCAUUUCAAGAGUUUUACCUGCAAGCUAUUCUCGUAAAAUCACUCCCAAGAUACGCUUUAAUCGUUAUGCUAAAUGCACUUACCUUAAUAUUAUCUCAAUCAAAUAGACUCUUGAAUAGUACUGAAAAAAACAACAAAAAUAAUCAACUUCAUCAAGUAAAUCAAAAAAAGACAAAUCAUCUUUUAUCCUUUCCAUUUCAUCAACUCCCAGUUGAUUUAUCACUCUCAUAAUCAUCUCAUCACAUUUAUGAUAACAUUGCCUGUCUUUCAGAAUCGUUUUCACGCUUAAUCAUCAGUAUUGUUCAAUCCUGUUUAAGGUAAAAUCUACAAUGUAAUGACAAUCAACAAUCAAAACAAACAUAAAUAAACAUCAAUAAACAAUCAA